GGAAUACAAACGAUACGGCAGGCAAAUGAUGAUGCCUGAAAUCGGCCUGCAUGGCCAACUGCGAUUGAAGAAGGCGAGAGUCCUCGUUGUGGGUGUCGGUGGCUUGGGCUGUCCGGCUGCAGCGUACCUUGCAGGCGCUGGAGUCGGCACGCUCGGCCUCAUGGACGGCGAUGUUGUCGAAGUGUCAAACUUGCAUCGCCAAGUCGCGCACAGCACAGCCAAAGUGGGCAAGAGCAAGGUGGACAGCGCAUGCGAAUAUCUCAGCGACUUGAACCCUCUGGUGAAAUACCAGCGCCACCGCUUUGAUCUUUCGUCUGAGAAGACCAUCCACAUCUUCUCGCAGUAUGACCUGGUCCUUGACUGCACAGAUCACCCUACUUCUCGCUACCUCAUCUCAGAUGGAUGUGUGCUCACUGGAAGACCGCUGGUGUCCGCUUCGGCGCUCAAGUCCGAAGGGCAGUUGAUUGUCCUCAACAAUCCUCCACGACCGCCAGGCGAUAUGUCCGGAGGGCCAUGCUAUCGUUGUGUCUUUCCCAAGCCGCCCCCAGCAGAUGCCGUCCUGUCAUGCGGCGAAGGUGGUAUCCUUGGCCCUGUUGUUGGCGUGAUGGGCGUCUUACAGGCCCUCGAAGCAAUAAAGCUCCUCACAGCCAAACCAAAAAUCCUACCCAAAUCCUCCUGCGAAAGGGAACUGGAAGAAAUCAUGGGCAUGACACCUGGACCAGAAGGGUCACAAGAAGAGCCCGUCAGACCGACACUUCUUAUUUUCUCCGCCUACUCCAACCCGCAAUUCCGUUCGGUGCGAAUGCGCACUCGUCGAGCUGACUGCGCAGCGUGUUCUUCUCAAGCGAGCGUCACCCAGAACAGCCUAAAUUCCGGAUCUCUGGACUACGCCACUUUCUGCGGUCUUACCAACCCACUCAACAUCCUCCCGCCUACAUCACGCAUCUCAGCUUCAGAAUUUGCCCGCCUUCCCCGCGACGGUAGCAACAUCCUCAUCGACACUCGCGACGCGACACAGUAUCAGAUGUGUGCUCUCAGAGGUAGUGUCAACGUGCCUUGGACCGGUAGUUCAGAAUCUUGGCUCGAGAAAGCUUGCCAGUCCGCUGCUCUGACGGGACGUGGACGUGAUUACUACGUCGUGUGUAGAAACGGAAACGAUAGUCAGCUGGCGGUACAGGCGAUACAGGCUCUGCUGGACAACCAGAUGAAUGGCGAGGGAGGUGGUAACGCAGACAUUGUGGUGAAGGAUAUCAAAGGUGGCUUUAGAGCAUGGAGGCAAGAAGUGGAUAGCGAUUGGCCGGACUAUUGAUGGAGCCCCAAUAUAAUGCCAUUCG